AUGUUUUCUGUCAUAUUAACAAUUUUCCAUAUUUUGAUUGCAUUAUUUUCAUUAGUUUUGGUGCAUCAAGGUCUAAAGAAAUUUAAUACUCCUUUAUACAAGAAACUAAAUAUUCCUGAAAAGUAUAAACCCUUUAGAAGAACAGAUAUAGAUAAUUGGAAUAAAUGGGAAAUGUAUAUCUGCAGCAUAAUUUUAUUUCCUUUCAGAUCAUUUAUGUGCUUUGUAAUAUUGAUAUUAUUUAUACUAACAAUGUAGGUAGCAACAAUAGGUAAAGUUUUUCAUAUAUUUUUUUAGGUUUUAAACUAAAAGAUCCUUGGCCUGAGUCUAGAUUGAAAAUAUUUAAGCCAUUAUUAUAAAGUUUGGCAAAAGCUUAUUUUUAUGCUAGUGGAUUUAUUUUCAUAAAAGAAAAAAGAUUGAGGUAAAAAUCAGUAAUACUUAUAAAAAGAUUUGAAGAUUUUAUUCCUGGCUACAAAGCAACAGAAUUAAGUAAAGGAUAGCCUUCAAUAAUAAUUUCAAAUCAUAAUAGUUAAUAUGAUACAGUAGCUUAUAUAUAUAAAUAUUUACCAUCAUNUCUCCUCUAUUAAUACCAUUAAAAUUAUAAUCUUAUUCAUUUUAAACUCGAAAAUUUAUAAAAUAUCUAUAAAAAAGAUAGAUCCUUAUUAAUCGAAUUUUAAAUGGUAAUUAUGUAAAUAUAAUUUAAUCGAUAUUGA